AUGUCAAUUGUGUCAUUAGAAAUUGAUCCCGACAACAAGAUCACCUUAGAAGACCUUCAUGCCCAACCUGCUAAACUUGGAGUUAAGCUUCGUCCGGAUGAGGUGAAUGACUACUACAAAUUUCUUUGUGCUAUGGAUAAAUCGGUGAAGAAGAUUCUAGCUAUGGAUGACUAUCUUCAACCAACAGAUUUAAAAAGGUUUCCCCGAAAGAAUAUCCAUAGACCAGAUGAAUCAGAAAACAAGAUGGGAGCAUGGGCUUAUAAAGUUACCAUUGAAGAUACAAGACCCGAGUUAUCUAAGUUUAGGCCAUUAGCCCAUAAAAGUGUGUGCUUUAAGGAUUGUAUUGAUGUGGCUCAGGUCUAUCAAAUUUUAGGAACUGAUACUCAUAUACCAUGGAUUCCAGAUGCCGAUGCCACUGUAGUUACAAGGUGCUUGAAGGCUGGUGCAAAAGUCGUUGGAUUAGCAACUUGCGAAAACCAAUCAUCGAGUACUUCUUCUAAUACAGCAUCUACAGGAAAUGUUGAAAAUCCUUAUGGGACUGGUUACUCUGCUGGAGGAAGCAGCUCAGGGUGUGGAUAUUUAGUUGGUUCUGGAGAAGUCGAUCUUGCGAUAGGUGCUGAUCAAGGAGGCUCGAUCAGGAUCCCUAGUGCACAUUGUGGGCUUGUGGGUUUUAAGCCAACAUUUGGAUUAGUUCCAUAUACCGGCAUAUGUAGUUUGGAAACUAACAUUGAUCAUGUUGGGCCAAUGACGAGAUCAGUUUUGGAGAACUGUGCUUUAUUGGAAGUAAUUGCCGGUAAAGACAACUUUGAUGAUCGCCAAGGUGACGCUCCUACAGUUGAAAAUGUUCCAAGAUACAAGGAAAUAACAGAAAAAUCUAACUUAAAGGGUAUGAGGAUUGGUAUAUUAAAGGAAGCAUUAGAGGUGCCUGCUAUGACAGAGAAUGUCAAAGAAAAGUUUUUGGAAGCAGCGAAACGUUUUGAGGAACUAGGUGCUGAAGUAAUUGAAAUUUCAAUCCCAUAUCACAAUUUGGCUCCAGAAAUUUGGAUGGUAGGUCAAAGAAUCGCUGGUUCUGUAAAUAAAUUGGGCUUACAAACUGGUCGUCGUAUUAUCAAAUCUUCGAAGUACUUUGAUCACAGAUUGCCAUUCACUCAAGAAUCGUUUGAUAAAACACCCGUCAAUGUUAAGAACGGAAUAAUUAAUGGAUUAUAUCUCUCAGAGCACUACCCCGGUCUUUACUCCAAGUGUAUUAAUUUGAGCUUCAAGGCAACUGCUGAGUAUGAUCAAGCGUUGGAAAAAGUUGAUGUUCUCAUCACCCCAACUUGUCCAAUGGUAGCACCACCUCAUGGAGCUAGGGAGGGUUCUCCACUCGAAUUAAUUAGGAAUACCAUUGGCUUGAAUGCGAAUACUGGUAUCUUCAACAUCACUGGUCACCCUGCUUUAUCUCUUCCAAUAGCAUUCUUACCUUCAAUUGACAAUCCCAAUGUAAAACUUCCAAUUGGCUUACAGAUCAUUGGGAAGAAAUGGGAUGAAACUACAGUUUAUAAAGCGGCCUAUGGUUGGGAAAAAGAGACCAACUGGAAAGAAUUUUAG